GUGUCUGCUGUCGCCGCCGCCAGGCCAGCGGAGCCCGUCUCUCACUCGGGAGAGCAGAGCCGAGGCGCCGGCCGGCGGGGCAGCCAUGGAGGCGGUGGCGCGGAGGCGGCCGCACCCGGGAGCGGCGGGCGGCCCGGGCGCGCAGCCGGGCGCCUCCUUCCUGCAGGCCAGGCACAGCUCCGUCAAAGCUGAGGAGGCUGCUGGCACGGCUCCCUUCCACCUCGACCUCUGGUUCUACUUCACCCUGCAGAACUGGGUUCUAGACUUUGGGCGCCCCAUUGCCAUGCUGGUGUUCCCUCUCGAGUGGUUUCCGCUCAACAAGCCCAGCGUGGGGGACUACUUCCACAUGGCCUACAACGUCAUCACGCCCUUCCUUCUGCUCAAGCUCAUCGAGCGGUCCCCCCGCACCCUGCCGCGCUCCCUGAUCUACAUCAGCAUCAUCACCUUCAUCAUGGGCGCCAGCAUCCACCUGGUGGGUGACUCCGUGAACCACCGCCUGCUCUUCAGUGGGUACCAGCACCACCUGUCCGUCCGCGAGAACCCCAUCAUCAAGAAUCUCAAGCCCGAGACGCUGAUCGACUCCUUUGAGCUGCUCUACUACUACGACGAGUACCUGGGCCACUGCAUGUGGUACAUCCCCUUCUUCCUCAUCCUCUUCAUGUACUUCAGCGGCUGUUUCACUCCCACCAAAGCCGAGAGCUCAAUGCCAGGGGCGGCCCUGCUCCUGGUGGUGCCCAGUGGCCUGUACUACUGGUACCUGGUCACCGAGGGCCAGAUCUUCAUCCUCUUCAUCUUCACCUUCUUCACCAUGCUGGCCCUCAUCCUGCACCAGAAGCGCAAGCACCUCUUCCUGGACAGCAAUGGCCUCUUCCUCUUCUACUCCUUUGCCCUCACCCUCCUGCUUGUGGCACUCUGGGUUGCCUGGCUGUGGAAUGACCCUGUACUCAGGAAGAAGUACCCAGGUGUCAUCUAUGUCCCUGAGCCCUGGGCCUUCUACACCCUCCACGUCAGCAGCCGACACUGAGUCCCUGGCAGCAGCCGCUGGUGCUCUGCUGGGCGGGAGAUGGACCACAGAGGGUGUCUGAGCAUGGGUGUGUGUGUGUGCGUGUGUGUAUGCAUGCAUGGGGGUGUGUGUAUGCAUGUGUGUGUGUGCGUGUGUGUGCACACGUGUGUGCCUGCGUGUGUCUAUGUCCACCCACGUGUGUGCAGCCCAAGACUGAGAACACGGGUGAGUGUGCAUUGUGCACAUGGAUAGGGGUGUGUGUGUGUGUGUGUGUGUGUGUGUGUAGAGUGCAUCACCAUGAGACUCGAUUGUUUUGGUCAAGUUUCUUUUUGGUUUGGAUCUUUUCAGAGUGGGCUUUAGUUUUAGGCAGUGUGUCCAGGCCCAGAUCUGGGCCCUGCCUCCCUGCGCACCUGACUGGAGUUGGGGCCCCUCUCCUCCCACUGCUCAGGGCCGGUCUCUUCUUCCUGGGAUGUCUUCUGGGAGCUGAGAAGGUGCAGGAGAGGCCUGAGUGGGGCAGAAGCCGGGAGGGGACUUGGCAUAUCACCCACCGCCUGGCUCACCCUGAGACCCGGCCUGACCCUGGGCACUGGAUUACAUAGGAACUGUAUGUGUAUCCUUGAGCAAAGCAUGGGCCCUCUCUGGGCCUCGGUUGCACUAGGUGGGCCUGUGGUCCCAAAGUGGAUUGGUGGGCUGGUUGUAGUCUCCUCUUGGGGCAGCCCUGGGAUGGAUGAGUAGUGUUAUCCUGUCACUGCCCUCUCCUACCCUGGGAGAGGUAUGUGCACCCCAAACCCUCACCCAACCUCAGGCCCUGCGGGGUUUUGGACCACCCCAACCCCAGGGAGCCAGAGGCCAGCCCCCUCCCCUAACCACCAGCCUGAUCAUGGGGUCUGGCGGUGGUAGCUCUCCAGUCAUCUGCCUCUGCCAGGAGCUCUGGCUGUCUCCUCUCCCUCCAUGAGAACUGUGCCUCCGACUUCGUUGUCGGGCUGACUGCAGGUUUCUGAGCUGCAGCUGAAGGCCGAGUUCUCGAACACUUGCCCUCUUCCCGGAGCUCCAUUAUAGGGCUGGGGGGACAGCUUAGGCUCUCUCCACUUAGCCUUGUCUCAGCCUGAAUCUCAUGCCUUUUGCCAGUGGCCCUGCAGGAAAGGGAGGCCUCAUUCCUAGCAGAACGUCCCCCACCCCACGCCUUCUCCCAGCACUGGGGCCAGGUCUCCUCACACAGCUGCAGGCACCACAGCCUCCUUUUCCAGCCAGCACUGGUGCACCUGUGCUCGAGGGUCUCAGGAGGGCAGCUUUGCCUUCCCUGAGCCCCACCUCCUCUCCUGUGUUCUCAGGGAGCCCCGUGCCUCAGAUUCGCCUUUCAUGUUGGGGUCCCUCUGCAGCCCCUGGUCAGUCCCUGUCUGCUGGCAGCAACAGGUGGUGAGAGAUGUGAAUAAAGGCAGUAUGGAGCCAAGCCUGGCUGGGGGCUGCUGCUUACUUUGGGUGUGAAUUUGGGAAGGAGGGAGGUCCUUGGAGCAGGAGAGAGGGCAGCUAGUCUAGGGCCCAGGCGGGAGUCCUGGGCAGACCUCAAGGGCCCACUGGCCCUCCAUGCCACUUAGUAGGAUCCUGGGGUUGGGGGGGUGGCAAGAAGGGCUCUCUUUAGAGGAGUCUGGGGGC